AUUCGUGAUUACGCUGGCGAGAUACCAGGGAUCAUGAGGGCGUUUUUAAUUUUCACCGUUUUCCUUGCUGCCGCUUCUGCGGAACAUUGCUACAAAGAAAUAGAGAAGGCUUGCGAUCCUACGUCGAAUAAAGCCGACUCGACCCCAAUAAACUGUAACGCCAAAUACGGCGCGAUAGAUGGCGUGCAGAGCGCUCUACAAAAAUACGUGAACGACCACAUCGAGCGGUCGUUCGAAUACCUCUUGAUGUCGACGCACUACGCCAACUACGAGAAAAGUCGCGAGGGUUUCGAGAAGCUUUUCCGCGGCUUUUCCGACUCGAAGUGGAAUACAGCGAUCGAUUUGAUCAAGUACAUCACGAAGCGCGGCGGGCAGAUGCGUUUUCCGGAAAUCGAUUCGGAAAUUUCCUCCAACGAAGACUACGAGAUGUACGAGUUGCAAUCGCUGGCUAAAUCUCUGGAUAUCGAGAAAACUUUGGCGGUGGAGGCCCACAACAUCCACGGACUGGCCGCCAGGAGGCGCAACGAGUUCCACGACCCGGAGAUUUCCUCGUUCAUCGAGGAAAAGUUCGUUCACAAGCAGGCCGAUGACAUUCGCGCGCUUUCCGGCCACGUUGCCGAUUUGACCAAGCUGUUGGACGGUCGUGACAGUUCCUUGUCGUUGUACUUGUUCGACGAGUACCUUCAGAAACUCUAAAUUAUUCCUUGUAGAUUUAUUUUUCAGUUAUUUCAUCCUAUGUGAUAGAUUAUUGUAUACCCAUGUAAAAAGGCUGUUUCAAUAAAUAAAGUUUUUUAUUUCU